CCCUCCCAGGACAGCGCCAGCAAUGUUUAUUUCAGGAAACUGGGCUCGCCAGCCUGACUCGUCCACUCAUGGUGAUCUGUGUAUGACCACGGCGUAAACAUGGUGUUCGAGUCGCUGGUGGUGGACGUCUUGAACAGGUUUCUUGGCGACUACGUCGUGAACCUCGACAGCUCCCAACUCAAUCUGGGCAUAUGGGGAGGUGACGCAAUACUGCGAAAUCUUGAAAUAAAGGAAAAUGCUUUGAGUCAACUGGACAUUCCUUUCAAGGUCAGAGCAGGCCAUAUAGGCCGACUUGAACUGAAGAUUCCCUGGAAGAACCUGUACACGCAGUCGGUGGAGGCCACCCUGGAUGACGUCUACCUCCUCAUAGUUCCUACUGCCAGUAUCAAGUAUGAUGCAGAGAAGGAGGAGAAACAGUUACAGGAGGCUCGACAGAGGGAGCUUCAGAGGAUCGAGGAGACCAAGCAGAAAGCAGCUGAACGAGAGAAUCCAAAGACUGAAAAGCAGGACACAUUUGUGGAGAAACUGGUCACACAGGUGAUCAAAAACCUUCAAGUGAAAAUCUCCAACAUUCACGUCCGCUACGAGGAUGAUGUCACCAAUCCAAACUCUCCUCUCUCAUUUGGAGUGUCCCUACAAAACCUCAGUCUUCAGACUGCGGAUGCCAACUGGAAACCCUGUCUGCUGGACGAGAAGUCCAAGCUAUUUUUCAAGCUCGUCCGUCUGGACAAUCUGUUUGCGUACUGGAACGUGAACUCCGAGCUGUACUCCAAUCACACUGCUCCAGAGGCUCUGAGAUUUCUCCAGCAGAACGUGGCCCUGCAGAGCUCCAUCCCUCGUGACUAUCAUUUCAUUUUCCGUCCGAUCUCCGCCAACGCCAAGCUGCGCAUGAACCCUCGCUCGGAUGUGGACUUCUCCUCGCCGAAGGUGGAUCUGGUGGUCCACCUGCCUGAGGUGGCAGUGGAGCUUAGCAGACCACAGUACGUCAGCAUUCUGGAGCUGCUUGGCUCCGUGGAUAUGAUGUCACGUAAUCUUCCGUACAGGAAGUAUCGCCCAGAGGUGCCGGUCCACACCAACGCGUACCACUGGUGGAGGUACGUCAUCACGGGGAUCCUGGAGGUGAACAUCAAACCCCGCCUGCACAUGUGGUCCUGGCAACACAUCCGUCGCCACCGGCAACAGGUGAAGCAGUACAGAGAGCUGUAUAAGACCAAGAUCACCAGCAAGAAGCCUGCAGAAGGUCUGCUGAAGAAACUGGAGGAGACGGAGAAAGUUCUGGAUAUUUUCAACAUCACGCUGGCAAGACAGCAAUCCGAGAUGGAGGCUUCUAAAGCAGGGUUACGGAUCUACCGGCCGGGCGUGAAGGCGGAGGAGGACCAGGCGCAGGGCUGGUUUGGCUGGAUGUGGAACUGGUCUGGAGACAGCAGCACACAGGCCAAGGAGAACAAACCCGGAGCCUCAGGUUUUGAUACGCUGAUGACCCCGGCAGAGAAGACCAAGCUCUACACUGCCAUUGGAUACAGUGAGACGGCUGUCAAUCCUAACCUGCCAAAGAGCUUUGAGGACAUGAAGAUCCGUUUCAAGUUGGUGAGCAUGUCUGUCUCCAUCAAAGAGAGCAAAGAGAAGCCUGAGAUCAUCCAGCUGUCUGUGCUGGACCUGAGUGCCACACUGACCCAGAGACCCUCCGCCCAGGCCAUCAAGAUCACGGCGCAGCUGUCGUCGUUUGAGGUGACGGGUCUGCCCCGCAGCCAGGUGGCGCCGACGCUGCUCUCCUCUCGCCGCGUGGUGGAGGAGAACAAGCCCCUGCUCACGCUCAUGUUCGAGACCAACCCCCUGGACGCCGCGGCAGACCAGAGGCUGCACGCCGAGUCGCAACCGCUGGAGAUCAUCUACGAUGCUAUGACCGUCAACAGCCUGUCUGCUUUCUUCAUGCCCCCCAACGACCUGCAACUGGAUGAGCUCACCAACGCCACGCGUGUGAAGCUGGAGCAGUUCAGAGACAGAACAUCGACAGGACUCAUGUACAUCAUUGAGACACAGAAGGUCCUGGAUCUGAAGAUCAACCUGAUGGCUUCAUAUGUGAUCGUGCCCCAGAUGGGCUUCUAUGUGCCCCAGCACAGCCUCAUUAUUCUGGAUCUGGGCAACUUUCAGGUGUCCAGUCAGAGCAGAGCUAAUUUACCCCAGCUCUCAGCAGGAAGCAGCACCAUAGAGGAUAUUAUGUCUCGUGCGUAUGACAGCUUUGAUAUACAGCUGAGCAGUCUGCAGUUCCUAUACACCAAACCAGAUGGGAACUGGAGGAAGGCUCGGAGGCAGAGGGAGUCUGCCCUGCACAUCCUGGAGCCGAUGGAUCUGAAGAUGGUGUUCAGCAGAGCCAUGGUGGUCACUGACUCCCGAAUGCCGAAGUUUAAGAUGUCCGGUGAGCUUCCUCUGCUGUCUCUGCGCAUCUCUGAUGACAAAGUCCGUGGUGUUCUCCAGCUGAUUGAGAGCAUUCCACUUCCUGAGAGUCGCCCCACGCCUCGGACCACAGCACAGCAGGUUACGCCCAAGAGUGUGAAACAGAGAGACACUCCCCAGCUCACUCCGAGAAAGCCUGCCUUGGCUGACCUGCGCUCCUCAGUGAUAUUCGACUCAGGCUCAGAGGAGGAGCUCUUCUACGACGCCCCCAGCUCUCCUCUCGAGGAUCUCCCAUUCUUCGAGGCCAGCUCUGGGUCUCUGGAACAGCGUGCCUCCGUAAAGAGAAGAUCUGCGAUAAAACAGGAUCCCAAGAAGAACAUGACCGAGUUCUUCAUGAGCUUCGAGAUUAGCAAGCUGUCCAUCCAGCUGUGUCACCUGGCCGCCGAGUGGGAGGAGUCUGUGCUGCUGCUUCAGAUCGAGGGUCUGGGCACCCAGCUCAGCCUGCGCACCUUUGACAUGACCUCAUACACCUUUCUGCGGGAGAUCUGCCUGGAGUGCUCACAGUACAUGGACGGCGAGGAUGAGAAGGUUCACCUCAUCACCACGCUAGACAACACAGAAGACGAUCUGCUCUCCUUGGAGUACAUCAGAGCGGACAAGAACGCGCCAGAUUUCAGUUCCGUGUACAAAAACACAGAGCAGCUUGUUAAGGUGAAUUUCUCCUCGUUGGACGUUCACCUGCACACGGAAGCCCUCCUCAACUCCAUGAACUUCCUGAGCAGCCUCCUGCCUGCACCCACGAAGCCAGCACCGGGCACGCCGUCCUCCGCGCCGCAGGAGGACGAGGACGAGGGCGGGGGAGACAGAGACGCCUCCGAGGAAGAAAAGAAGGAGUCGUCCGCUGUCGCCAAGAGACCCGUUACUAAGAAGUCAAAGUUUGAGGACAUUGUGAAUCUGCACAUCAGAGCAGAUCUUUCCUGUCUGAAGGUCUUCAUAAGAGGAGAGAAAGCCAGGAUCUCUGAGAUCAGUAUAGAAGGUCUGGUGUCUGAAGUGCAGAUGAAAAAGAAGUCUGUGGAGAUCUCAGCUAACCUGAAGAACAUCAUCAUUCUAGACUGUGACCAAGAGGCUCUGUACAAAAAGGCAGUGUCUAUAGCAGGUAAGGAGGUGUUCGACUUCUGCAUGGUGAGCUACGUGGACGCCACAGAGGGCGAGGCCUACACGGACAUGCGGGUCGUGGACACGCGUGUCCGGCUGACCGUCGGCUGCAUUCAAGUGAUCUUCCUCAACAAGUUCAUCUCCUCUGUCCUGGCAUUCAUCAAUAACUUCCAGGAGGCCAAAGACGCGCUGGCCGAGGUGACGGUACAAGCAGCAGAGAAAGCUGCGACAGGCGUGCUGGAGCUGGCGGAGAAGAGCACGCGCAUCGCCCUGGACGUGGACAUCAAAGCGCCCGUCGUCUUCCUGCCACAGUCCUCUGUGUCCACCAACGUCAUUGUGGCCGACCUGGGCUUGGUGACGGUGAAGAACCGCUUCGAAAUCGUCCCAUCUGAAGCUCACGCGAAGAUCCCACCCAUCCUGGACAUCAUGGGCGUGGCGCUGAGCGAUCUGAAGAUGUAUCGAACCACGUUUAAAGACGGACAGUUCCAGAGUGAGAUCCAGAUACUGAGGCCAGUGAACAUGGAGCUGUCAAUCAAGCGCAAUCUGGCUGCCUCCUGGUACCACAGCAUCCCAGACAUCCAGAUCACCGGAUACCUCAAACCCAUGAGUCUGAUUCUGAGUCAGGAGGACUUGACUGUGGUAUUGGGGACUCUGAGUGAAAACCUGUCUGAGACAUCAGAUGCUGUUCCUACUCCAAAAGGCUCUGAUAAAGCAGAGAGUGUGUCUAUCAAAGACUCGCAGGGAUCUGGAGGCACCACAGUGGUAACCGCAGCCGUGGUGGAGGGCCAGAAGGUGACCAGGCUGAAGAGCAAGCUAACAGUCCUCUUCAAGUUCGACUCCAUGACCCUGGUCCUGUACAGCCCGAGUGGAAGUGAGAUGCUGGACUCGCGCGAUGAGCAGCUAAAGCUGGCGGAGUUCACCCUGGGCACCAUCACCGCGGCUGUAGACAUGUUCUCAGACAGCUCUAUGAAGGCCUCCAUCAGACUCACCGAGUGCCUGCUAGACGACAAAAGGAAGAGGGUCAAAAUGAUCACUUCCAGGAUGAUGGCCAUGAAGAGAGGCUCAGAGCAGAGUGUCAUGGUGGAUGUGAGCUACAGGCAGGGCCGGGACGGCACCACCCUGGAGACGGUAGUGCAGGACCUCUACCUGUGCGCCAGCAUGGAGUUCCUGCUCACCGUGGCCGACAUCUUUCUCAAAGCCCUGGCGCAGGGCUUCUCUAGCCCAGCCAAGGGCAGCAAGCAAGCCUCUGUCACCAAAGACCCUGCAGCUCCCGUUCAGCCCGUGGCAGUGAAGACGGAGAUGAACGUGGUGGUGAGGAAUCCCGAGAUCGUGUUCGUGGCCGACCUGACGCGCGCCGACGCACCGGCCCUCGUCAUGACGACACAGUGCGAGCUGGUCAUGAAGAGCGACCCAAGCGGGCAGCUGAUGACGGCGGCCGUCACCGAGCUCAAGGUGGUGGCGUGCCCCUUCAUGCGCGCGCAGGCCGAGAGCAACUUUACCACUGUCCUGCAGCCGUGCCAGGUGUUCUUCACCAGCAAGCAGCUGGCCGGCCAGCCGCAGGCCAUAGAGCUCUCCAUCAACUCUCUCACCCUCAAGGUUUCCCCCAUCAUCAUAAACACGGUCAUCACCAUUCAGUCUGCGCUGACCCCCACCGCCGAGACGCCCGAGGAGCUGGAGAGCCCCGUGCCCCCCGACCUCUGGGAGCGGCGGGACUGGCGUGACCUCAAGCUCUGGUUCCUGGAGGAGGAGAGCGAAGAGGAUGUCAGGUCCCUGGUGCCCCUGGUGCCGCAGGGUGAAUCCCUGCAGCUGCGCGUCGCCUCCAUCUGCCUGACCCUGGAGGCGGGCGUGGGCCACCGCACCGUGCCCAUGCUCCUGGCCAAGUCAUCCUUCCAUGGCGACGUGAAGAACUGGAGCACCCUCAUCAACCUGCACUGCCACCUGGACAUGGAGGUCAAUUAUUACAACGAGAUGAUGGGAGUGUGGGAGCCUCUUUUAGAGCCCCUCGAAGAUGAGACCAAAGAUGUGUUCAGACCCUGGACCCUGGACCUGAAGAUGAAGAAAAAACCGGUGAAGGGUUCAGGGACGUCCGAUGAGGUGGACUACAUAGUGCCGGAUUACAAAACAGUCAUUAGCAUUACUAGCAAAGACCAGCUCAACAUCAUGCUGUCCAAGUGCGGUCUGCACAUGCUCAGUAACCUGGGAACGGCAUUCGCCGAGGCUGCCAAGCAGACGGCGGAGUGCUUCCAGCGUGACCAGGCCCCGAUCGUGGUGAAGAACCGGCUGGGUCUGGCCGUGGCCGUACUGCACAGCGAGGUGUUUAGGCCCAUCGGGAGGGAGUCCGUGGGCCGCACGGUGGAGCUCCAGGACGGCGAGAGCUUGAACAUGGACUAUACGCUCACGGCCGCUGACGCCAGCCAGUUUGCCGCCAUGACCAGCCUCAGCAGUGAGAACUACAUCCAACCGACUCCGGUGGGCCACACGACAGCCGACAUCAUCCCCCUGAUCAAAGUGGGCCGGGGCGUGUACAGUGUCGUGCACCGGGGGUCAGGUGUCACCCGCUUCUUUGUGUGCCAGAUCUACUCCAACGAGGGCAGCAAGUUCGUCAAGAUCCGCUCGCCUUUCCAGAUCGUUAAUCACUUCUCGGUGCCGUUCCGGGUACUUGAGGGCUCCUCGUGCCUGGGUGUGUCUCUGCCCACAGAGGAGUUCUGUGUCCCUCUGGGCUCCUACAGGGCAGAGCUCAGCUUACAGCCCGUAACCGAGGGCAACGACCAGUACGGUCGCUCGGAGGGUUUCAGCUACGAUGAGGUCAGUCAGAGGCCUGGCGACUGCCUGGAGAGCACUUGCCGCCACUGUGGAGAUGAUGAUGAUGAUGAUGAUGACACACGCGUGUUCAAGAUCAGCAUGGUCCCCGUCCUGGAUGCCAUGCUGUCCCACAGCACCCAGGAGAACAUCGACAAGCCGUUUGUCCUCCACCUGUGGCCCACUGUGCUGCUUCGGAACCUUCUGCCGUACCCCAUCACCUACAGAUUACUGGCUAGCGGGAGCCCCGCGCCGGCUGUGCUGGAGGAGGGCCACUCAUGCCAUCUGCACACGGCCGUCAUGGACCACGCCAGCCUGGAGCUGAAACUCCUCGGCUACCUGCAGCAGGACUGGGAGGCGCAGUACCGCCUCCGCAGCGACCACGAGGAAAUUGGCUUCAUCACCUUCAGCUCACUCCGCGCCAACGAGGAGCUGGACGGGGACAUCUCACAGGCGGCGCUCGACAUCGCCGUCCACGUGAAGAAGGAGGCGGGCCAAGCGGUGGUGGCUGUCCACUCUCCUUAUUGGAUGGUGAACAAGACGGGCAGGCUGCUGCAGUACAAGGCCGACGACAUCCACCGCAAACACCCCAAGGACUACGACAUGCCCCUCCUCUUCUCGUUCAAACCUCGCAACUUCCUGCAGAACAAUAAGGUCCGCUUGAUGAUCUCCGACAGCGAGUUGUCGGACGAUUUUUCCAUAGACACCGUGGGUAGCUACGGCGACGUCAAAUGCAAAGGACGGGCUAAAGACUACCUGGUGGGCGUGAAGAUCGACGCCAGCAGCUUCAGCCUGACGCGGCUGGUCACAUUCCUGCCCUUCUACAUGCUGGUGAACAGAACCAAGCACGUGAUCCACGUGUGCGAGGAGGGUCAGGAGAACUGGACCGAGGCCCAGCCUGGAGAGGCCGCCGUUCCGUUCUGGCCAGGACGGGAUUCGAAGAAACUUGUGGUGAAGGUGGAGGGAUGUCAGUCGACCGCUCACGCUGUCGACUUCCACACACCAGAGAACUGCCUCCUCCUGCACCUCGACAACACUCUGGGUGGCAUCAUUGUGGACGUGAACCUGACGGAGCACUCGGCUGUGAUCCGGUUCUCCGACUACCAUGACGGAGCAGCUCCCUUUCUUAUCAUCAAUCACACCAGGGACCAGACACUGGAGGUCCACCAGAGUAAAGAGCAGGGGAGCUCCACUUGGCUUUCAGACGGCAUUCUGGAUCUCCCCUUACCACUGUGGGAUGAGAAUGUGUCCUGCUGCUCCGAGAAGCUGGAGAAGGGUGAACUUGGCCCCGGUCAGGCCAUGUACUACACGUGGGCAGAGCCAGCCGGGUCCCGUGUGCUGCGCUGGAGCUGCUCCGGCUACAGUGGCGAACUGAGGAACGAGGAGGACCUGCUGACGGACAUGAAGGACGAGGGAAAGCUGUUUGUCCUGUCGUUUUACGAGGGCCUCCAGCGGGUGGCGCUGUUCACCACGGAGCGGCGCGUGUACAAGCGGCUAUGCGAGAGCGAGCGGGUGGAACUGGCCGAGCAGGAGAUCAGCCUCUCGCUGCAGGACGUGGGCGUCUCGCUCGUCAACAACAGCACCAGCCAGGAGGUGGCAUACGUGGGCAUCACCAGCUCUGACGUCGUGUGGGAGUCCAAGCCAAAGAAGAAGCGGCGCUGGAAGGUUCUGAGCGGGAAAGACGCGGCAGUGUUGGAGCGCCAGUACCAGGAGUACAUGGAGAACAGUCCGGUGGACUACUUCAUCGCAGACCUCCACAAUGGUUUCCAGGUGUGUUUCACCCCUAAUGGCACGGACAUGCGCAUCCUGCAGCCGUAUGACGCCCCUGUCCGGAGGAACUUCCUGCCUGCGCUGAAGGUGGAGUACAGCGUCUCUGCCCGUCAGAAAGCCUACCGCGUGCAGAUCAACAGGAUCCAGAUCCAAAACCAGUUGCCAGGUGCCAUUUUCCCCUUUGUGUUCUACCCGGUCAAGCCUCCCAAAUCUGUCAGGAUGGACUCGGAGGUGAAACCACUCACUGACGUCAGCAUCAUAACAAGAGCUGCCGGACACUCAGACAUCCUCCGCAUCAAGUAUUUCAAGGUGCUGAUUCAGGAAAUGGACCUGCGUCUGGACCUCGGCUUCCUGUAUGCCAUUCUGGAUCUGUUCACUGCUGAAAACGCCGACACUGUCACCUCUGAGCAGGAGGUGGAGCUGUUUGGGAAGGAUAUCGAGUAUCUGAAGACUGGACUGAACCACGUGUCAGCCACUGACACUUCCCCAAUCAGCCUCUUCGAGUACUUCCACAUCUCUCCCAUUAAGCUUCACCUGAGCUUCUCGCUGAGCUCAGGCGGAGAGGAUGGGAACAAGACAAAGAGAGAGACGGAGGUGAUUCCUGUUCAGUCGCUGAAUCUGCUGCUGAAGAGCAUUGGAGCCACGCUCACCGACGUGCAGGACGUCGUCUUCAAGUUGGCUUUCUUUGAGCUCACCUUCCAGUUCCGCACCACACAGCAGCUGCAGUGGGAGGUCAUCCGUCAUUACUCCAAACAGGCUAUCAAGCAGAUGUACGUGCUGGUGCUGGGUUUAGACGUACUUGGCAACCCAUUUGGCCUCAUCCGUGGUUUGUCAGAGGGAGUGGAGGCCUUCUUUUAUGAGCCCUAUCAGGGAGCCAUUCAGGGUCCAGAGGAGUUUAUGGAGGGCAUGGCUCUGGGAGUCAAGGCUCUGGUUGGAGGUGCAGUGGGCGGUCUAGCAGGUGCAGCGUCUCGCAUCACUGGCGCCAUGGCCAAAGGUGUGGCGGCCAUCACCAUGGAUGAGGAGUACCAGCAGAAGAGGAGGGAGGCCAUGAACAAACAGCCUAGCGGCCUCCGAGAGGGCCUGACUCGUGGCGGCAAAGGACUCGUCUCGGGAUUCGUGAGUGGUAUAACAGGAAUUGUCACAAAGCCCAUUAAAGGUGCCCAGAAGGAGGGAGCAGCAGGUUUCUUUAAGGGCGUUGGAAAAGGCAUUGUGGGAGCUGUUGCUCGACCAACAGGAGGCAUCAUUGACAUGGCCAGCAGUACCUUCCAGGGCAUCAAGAGAGCGGCAGAAACAUCUCAGGAUGUGGAGAGUCUGCGACCUCCACGCUUCAUCCACGAGGACGGCGUCAUCAGGCCGUACAGGGAAAGAGAGGGGAUCGGCAGUCAGAUGCUACAGAAAAUUGAAAAUGGCAGAUUUGCAAAGUACAGGUACUUUGCUCAUGCCAAGAUCAACGAGUCGGAUUUCCUGAUGAUCACCAAAAGGGGGAUAUUUUUUGUUACCAAGGGCACUUUCGGUCAGUUGACCUGCGAGUGGCAGUAUCUGUUCGAUGAAUUCACCAAAGACCCCAUGAUCGUGGAGGAACGCCGCCUACGCAUCGAGGCGAAGGAAAGAGUUAAGUCUGUGUUUCACGCCAAAGAGUUUGGGAAGAUCAUCAACUUCAAGACUCCAGAAAUAGCCAAGUGGGUUCUGGCCAGGCUUCAAGACGCUAGGAAAAAUCUGCCAAAAUAGCGCCCCUUAUGUGGACAGCCGCCUUAAGAAAACACAACCUCUCCACACCCCCUUUAAUGUGUGCCUUUAAUUAUAUGCAACCAACAGAACACUGAACAUUUAAUGUCCUGUGAGCUGGUCACUCAAACAAACAACAACUGAAUUUGUACCAUUUGUUAUAGUGACUGUUGGACAUGUUUGUGUGUAAUUUUGUUUACAUAUUUUGCCUUGAUUUUUUUUUCCUCACAGCCACUGACUUGAAUGUCUUUUGUGUAACUCCAAAUCUCUCCAUUUUCUGUAAGCACAUUGUCUGAUUUAUUUUGUUAAGAGAGCCAUACGAUGAAAAGAUGAAAGGAAGUGUUUGUUAUAUAAGUUUAGAAAAGACUUUAUCGAGCUUAUCUGUUUUACAUUUUACCUGCUAGUCCAGCAUCUGUGCUCAUCGCAAGCUGCAAGUUUUAUCCAGUCACUGUACAAAAGAAAAAUGUUUCCCCAACUCCUAAAGGAUUUCCAUGCGCUGUCACAUUCCUUCCUGCUAAGGUUCAAAGAUUCAUCCUCACAGAUUCAUCCCUCUGUUAGAAACUGGUUUAUUCCUUCAAAAUGUGCCCCGUACCAAGUCAUUAAGAUCGCAUUUGCGAACACGACCAAUGUGUAAGUAUUUAGCUGUUUGAUGGGAACCUAGAUGACGAGUAACACUAACUUCCCUUCACCUGCAAAGUUUAAAAAUGUUUCUGUUUGUCAUGCACUGCGAGAGAACGAAGAUAAAUAUCCUUGUACUUGUGGCUUUUGCAUGAAAGUGUUUCUUUUGGGGUUUGGCCGUCAUUGAUAAUAAAUGACACUGUUUACAGCUGCUCAACACGAUUGUACAGUCAAUUUUAGGUGGCUUUGGUAGCUACUGGUGGUCAUUGUCAGCUUUCUUCUGUGUCUAGACUCUACCUUUAACCACGAAACUUAAAUGAUGAAGCUCAGAGAUAUGCAAUAAUAACGUAUUGACCUAUUCUGGCGGGUAAUGCAGAAUUCCCUUCUUAAUCACAUUUUCAUUGGUUUCCUGUGAUUUUUAACUGAGUAUGCAAAAAGAAUAAAUGUAUUUUGAUGAACUGUU